AUGUGGGGUAAUGAAGAUCGUGUUGGUAACAAGGGGGUUUCUUUGUGGUGGAAAGACUUAGUGAAGAUAGGGAGAAGUCCUUACUAUGAUCCAUUUCUUUCUUCUUGUUGUUUUGGUCCGAAAAAUGGUUUUAAUACGCUUUUUUGGAAAUCAAAGUGGUUGACUUGUUUGAUUUUGAGAGAUGAGUUUAGUGCGGCUUUUGAGGCUUCCCGACUUAAAGGGGUGUCGGUGGCGGGGAUGGAUGGAUGGGUGAAUGGUGAGUGGGUGUGGGGUGAUUUGGGGGUUUCGGAGGUGGUUGAGGUUGGUUCGGUGGUGGGGGAGGAGAGGGAGAGUUUGCGUGUUUUGUUUGAGGCUUAUGAGGGGUGGGGUGAUGGUCACGACGUGGUUAGGUGGAGUGCUAAUGGGGGUGAAGAUUUUUCAGUGGCAUCUUGUUAUAAUGGUUACGCUAAUCUUCGUAUUCCUUUUGGUCCCCCUUGUAGAUUUGAGGAGGCUUUUCGAAUUGUGGGGAAAGCGGGCGUGCCGUUUAAGAUUAAAGCUUUUGGUUGGAGACUUUUGGAGAAUCGGCUUCCAACCAAAGAUCUUUUGUUGAAGAGAUGUAUCCCGAUCCCUUUAGCUCAUUUAAAAUGUGCUUUUUGUGGCAUGGAACCGGAAACAAGGGAUCAUUCUUUUGUUGCUUGUAAUUUGGUUAAGAAUAUAUGGAGGGGUAUAGCUUUUUGGAUAGGAAAAAGGGGGAUAGAGGUUAAUGAGUGUUAUUCAAGUUUUAUGGAUUGGCGCUCAUUUUGUAAAUCUAUAAAGUUAGAGGAAAAAAAAGUGGAUUUAAUUUGGCUUGCUACGACUUGGUCCAUUUGGUUGGCUAGGAAUGGGGUGUGUUUUAGGGAGGAGAAGUGGAGCUUGGAUGAUUUGCUUUGGAGGAUCAAAACUUCAGUUUGGAGAUGGACUUUUUGUAGGGAUAUUACUCAAUCCAAUUGUUCCUUUUACGAAUUUAGCAAAGAGCCUUUGUUUUUUUGUCGUAAUUGA